CAUGAAGUCACAGGCAUACAGGAGCAAGCGAAGAAAGAUGUCCAAGCUAUCCCACAACCUCAAGGCGCUAAUCAACGCCCCUGCAGCACGCCCCAACACCGUGCCUGCUCCGCGCAACAUCCAGUCUGUGUACAAGAACAUCCAGCAAAGCGCACAAUCACAGAACCUCUCCCAACCAUCAUGGCUAGCUCUAUCGACAGCAACCACAAUGACCAUGAACUCCCCCGAAUCCCUCUCCGAACUCUUCCAACUAGCCAGCACCUCCCAAUCCCCCAAAGAAAGCAUCGCAACCGCCGAAUUCAUGCGCGAAGUCGGUCUCAAAUGCAUCAGCUUCAACGGCAUCCCACGAACCAUCAACUGUCUCAACGCCUUCAAAGCCAGUCUUCCUGAGUCCAUCAGUUCUCAACUAUCACAAACCCCAACCCGCACACCCACCCAAGACAACAUCCACGAGAUCUGCACCAGGGGCCAGAACCUCUGGGACUCGAUCUACCGGCCCUUCGAGACAAAACUUUACAAUAAGCUAGGGGACUCGCAUCCCGACCUGCCAGUUCACAUCCUAAACUUCAACUACGGUGCUCUGCUCUCGGACCCUGCGCGGAGCACCGGUGCGAAUGUAGGCAGACUCGCGACGUCGAUUGUGGCUGUGUCUUGUCUUCGUGCACAGACGGGUGUGGGUCCCCAGGUGACCUCACAUGUGUUUGGAUUGCGAAAGGCCGUGGAGGACGGCACGUGGGUGAAUGAUGUGGAGAGUGAGGAGGGAGCCAAGUGGUUGGCUAGUGAUGAGGGUAACACUUGGAUAAUAAAUAGUGUGGAUGAUAUUGUGGAGUCUAUUAGUGAGGGGAUGGGCUCGAACUUUGCUCCUGCUAGGUCGGCGAAGAUAUAAGCUUCCGGCUUUUGUGUUUGUUUGGAUAUAUCAUGUUUUUGUAUGAUAACAGCCUAUUGGCUUCUUAGUUUCCUAUCUGCUGAUAGAUAGAUAUUUUGCUUCAUUAUAUGAUUUCUUAU